AAAAUGACAUUUUAGGAGGAGGGGCCGGCCAAGGUGGGUGUGGUGGAGUUCAAAGGAAGGAGGUUAGCGGGCAGUGAGGAGGAGCAGGCAGAGUGAGAGCAGAGCAACCGUCUUUAGGGCUUGGUGGGAUUAUAAUCGGAAGGUCAUGCUCUUUCGCGUUUUAGCGUCAGCUCAGCUAUAGUAGUAGUCAGCAGUCAGUCUCCUGCAUUGUGCCUCCGCGAUUGUGUUUCUCAUUUGGCGGUUUUGUGGGUGAGACUGCACGUCAUGGGUGCUUCGCAGCUUACUUGGAGAGCCCUCCUGCUUCUCCUUUUCUUUUGGGGCCUGAUCUCCCUAUCCUCUGCGGCCAGGCUUGGUGCUUCUCGCCGGAAGUUCGAGCUCAACAAGCAUUUGAAACGGCUGAACAAGCCCGCCAUUAAAACCAUCCAGAGUCCAGAUGGGGAUAUUAUAGACUGCGUGCAUAUAUCUAAGCAGCCGGCCUUUGAUCAUCCUUUCCUCAAAGAUCACAAAAUUCAGACGAGGCCAAAUUUCCACCCCGAAGGGCUUUAUGACGUUAACAAGGUGUCUGAAUCUAAAGAAAAAUCAAUGCCCAUAACUCAGUUGUGGCAUGUAAAUGGUAAAUGCCCAGAAGACAGCAUACCCAUAAGGAGAACGAAGGAAGAUGAUGUUCUAAGAGCUAGUUCAGUCAAGAGAUAUGGAAGGAAGAAGCGCAGGACAGUCCCUAAGCCUAGGUCGGCCCAACCGGAUCUAAUUAAUCAGAGUGGUCAUCAGCAUGCAAUAGCUUAUGUUGAAGGGGAUAAGUACUACGGAGCCAAAGCCACCAUAAAUGUGUGGGAACCCAAGAUACAGCAACCCAACGAAUUUAGCUUGUCUCAGCUUUGGAUUCUUGGGGGCUCAUUUGGUGAGGACCUUAACAGCAUUGAAGCAGGUUGGCAGGUUAGUCCAGAUCUUUAUGGUGAUAACAACACACGGCUAUUCACCUACUGGACGAGUGAUGCGUAUCAAGCUACGGGUUGCUACAAUCUCCUGUGCUCUGGAUUCAUUCAGGUCAACAGUGAAAUAGCAAUGGGUGCAAGCAUCUCUCCUGUAUCGGCCUACCGCGAUGCCCAGUACGACAUUGGCAUACUUAUCUGGAAGGAUCCAAAGGAGGGGCACUGGUGGAUGCAAUUCGGGAAUGACUACGUGUUGGGGUAUUGGCCGUCUUUCUUGUUCUCAUAUUUGGCAGACAGUGCAUCCAUGAUUGAGUGGGGAGGGGAGGUUGUGAAUUCGGAGCCGGAGGGUCAGCAUACCUCUACUCAGAUGGGCAGCGGUCAUUUUCCCGAAGAGGGAUUUGGGAAGGCAAGCUACUUCAGGAAUAUUCAGGUUGUUGAUAGCUCCAACAAUCUCAAGGCACCCAAAAGUAUUGGCACCUUCACAGAGCAGUCAAACUGCUACGAUGUCCAAACCGGCAGUAAUGGGGAAUGGGGCCAUUACUUUUAUUAUGGAGGCCCCGGUAAAAACCCUAAUUGUCAAUGAAAUUACUUUAAAAGAAGAAAGACAAGCGUAGAUCUUAGCUUCUUUUCUUAACUACUACCCUCCAAAAUCCCAUGUAACAUGUAUCAUUCCAUCUAGGGCAAGGCCAUUCUCUCUUGUAUACCCUCGUUUUUUGCUUUCUGUAGGGCUGGGUAGAAACGUGAUCUUUCUGUAGUGGGAAGUUUUGACUGUUUUUUCUAUAUCGCAAGAUGGAAGAUUCUCCGUGUAAGUCGGUGGGGAAGCGGCCAUGUUUCUUUGUUUGGGGGGGGGGGGGACUCAAGAAACAGGCGUCCAUAGCAUCAUUGUAUUUUAUUAGUUUGCUUGCUCCCCUCUGGGGAGUGUUUGUUGGUGGUGACAAAUGAAUGGAUAUGAACGAGUUUCUCCGUAGCCGCGAGGAAGCUGCUUAAUUGACGGUAACGAGCAUCCUAGACAGGAAAGCUCUGUCUAUGGUUGACGACGAGUCAGCGAAGAAAAUAAAAAAGAAAAAACUGUAAAAAGAUGCUUUUGUGGGGAUGCAUGUGAGGAGCUGACAAUGCUUUAUCUGUAAUUCAUGAUUAUGUGUAAGAAGGCCCCACCUUCAUCA